AUGGUCCGCCGGAGACAUGGCUCACUCGUCUUAUACCACCAGAACACAAACAUCUCCUCCUUCUCCCGGAAGGUCUCCUCCACCGCCGGAACUCUCAUCGGUCCUUUCUCUGAUCCGGGCUCUCACUACCAUAAUGCAAUGUCUGAAGUUUCAAAGGACCUAAAACGCCCUUCCAUCCAGAAGAGGGUCUUCUCUUUCUCGAAAACUUCCCCCUCCGAGAUCGUCCGUUCAAAAUUAUCCGCCACCGAAAUCUCCCACCGUGCCCUCACCUAUCUUCCUGACGAUCUCCUCAAGGACAUCCCCGAAAAUGAUGCCUCUUACUCCCUCUUCCAGGGCUUCAAGGCCUCCGUUGACACUGCUGCCACGAAAAAGCACCGUGAAGGUAAAAACUUGCUAGAGGAAUCUACCGCCGGAGGUCCAAACAACGUCACCCGUUUGUCCAAGGAAAGAGACCGUACAAACGAAGAACUCGACCUCCUCGGCGUCAGGAAAAGCAUUGCCUCCGGUGAAAUAAGAGAAAUCGACCGCAAGAUUGCCCAAUUGACUGCCAUCCGAGGUGUCGUCCUCGAGAGACUCGCCAAGCUUGAACAGGAAGAAACCCAACUCGAACAUGACUUAUUGGAACUCGACAAUAAGAUUGAGGACAUUCAGUAUGACAUGGUCGAGGAGGGUGGUUCCCCCAUCGAAGCUGAGGAAGCCGAGGCCGGCUUCAUGUCCGAGAGCAUCUACUCCAAGCUACCCAGCCCUAAAGGCCGAAAGCGUCAGAAGAGAAAGGCCAUGCCUAUCCUCCACGAGCACAUGUCCCCCGGCAGCGAAAUCAAGGAAAUGCAAUGCCACGCCGACCUCAUCACCGCCCUCGACUUCGACUUCCCGUUCGGAAAACUUGUCACCGCCGCUCUCGACGACACCGUCCGUGUCUGGGAUCUCAACUCCGGCCGCAGCCUCGGCCAGCUCGAGGGUCACCAUGCCUCCGUAAAAUGCCUGCAGGUCGAGGACAACUAUGUUGCCACCGGCUCUACCGACGCUACCAUCAGAUUCUGGGAUCUCAGCAGAUCGGACGGACCUUCCCUCCCUGGCUCAAACAGCGUAACUCAUAAGCGUGGCCCCCAAUCUAACCAGGAAGAAGACUUUGAAGACGACAUGUCCGCCAUCUCCUCGCCUACCGGACCUAGAUCUUCCGCCGGAACCCAGGAUUGUCACCUUCUCACUCUCGACUCCCACAUCGGAGAAGUCACCGCUCUGUACUUUCAAAAUGGCACACUUGUUUCCGGAUCUGCUGAUAAAACUCUACGUCAAUGGGAUCUCUCCACCGGCCGAUGCGUACAAACCCUGGAUAUCCUUUGGACCGCAUCGAGCACCGCUGCAUCCGAGGAUAGCGGCUGGAGCUUCGCCAGUCUCGGACGGUCGAGUAGCAGGUCCAACCUACCGGAGGCAAAUGCCGACUUCGUGGGAGCCCUGCAAUGCUUCGAUGCUGCUUUGGCUUGUGGUACCGCUGAUGGUCUCGUCAGGCUUUGGGAUUUGAGGAGUGGACAAGUUCAUCGAUCUCUCGUUGGCCACACUGGCCCCGUCACCGCCCUCCAAUUCGACGACACCUACCUAGUAACCGGCUCAAUGGAUCGAAGCAUAAGAAUCUGGGACCUCCGAACCGGCUCUAUCUCUGACGCUUUCGCUUAUGAACACCCAAUUACAUCAAUGCAAUUCGACGCCGCAAGAAUCGUUUCCGCCGCCGGUGAAAAUUACGCAAAGAUCUACGACCGUGUAGACGGAAGACACUGGAACUGUGGAGCUGGAGCUGAAGGUGGCAAGGAGGACCGGUUGAGCACACCGGCUAUUGUGGAGAGAGUUAGAGCUAAGGAAGGAUAUUUGGUUGAGGGACGAAGGGAUGGUGUUGUUGGCAUUUGGACUUGUUAA